CAUUGACUAUUGCAUGGGUGUGUAAAAGUGCCUAAUCCAAUUAAGAGUUUUAUUUUGGAGUAUAGUUGAUGCUCAGCCGAUAAUCUCUGGGGAAAAGCCUUGCGCUAAUCUAAGGCUCUUGUAGUUGUUGUGCUCUUCUCUCUCUCUCUGUUUGUCUGUCUGUUCUCUGUGUUUGUUUAUGAAUGGAAGAUGAAGAGCCUGGUUUUACGCUGUUGACAGAAGCGGAACUUGGAUGGCCUCUUUUGCCUGUUGAUAUCUUACUGGGCCGUCUCAAAGUGGCUUUUGUGGCGUUGCGCCUGAAAGCUUUUCUUCCUGCCGGCUUGCUUCACUGACUCUGGCUCGGCUGGCUCGGUUGUUGUGGGUAACACUGUUGCUGGGGACGAUGUCUGAACACAUUCAGCUCACCAUAGCUCUGUGCAGGAUUGGCUUUUACACGUGUCUCCGAACUCUGUGCUGUAAAGGUCCUCCCACUCCUAGACCAGAAUAUGACGUGGUGUGCAUCGGCCUCAGCAGUGCCGGGAAAACGGCUCUGCUCUCUCGGCUCUGCAGUGAGGGCAUCGAUGGCAUUGUACCAACCACAGGUUUCAGCAUAAAGGCAGUGCCAUUCCCGAAUGCGGUGCUGAACGUGAAGGAGCUUGGAGGAUCCGACAAUAUUAAGAAGUACUGGAGCCGCUACUACCAGGGCACCCAGGGGGUGGUGUUUGUCCUGGACAGCACUGUUUCAGACGAGGAGAUGGCGGCCUGCCGAUCCGAGCUUCACUUGGCCCUGCAGCACCCGCAGCUAUGCACUCUCCCGUUCCUCAUCCUCGCCAACCACCAGGACUCACCAGAUGCCCGCUCCGUCGCAGAGAUAAAGAAGUACUUUGAACUGGAGCCACUGGCAAGAGGGAAGAGAUGGAUCCUUGAGGGCAGCUCGAUAAACAACAUGGAGGCGGUGAGGGAAAGCUUCAGUCAGCUCAUCAGCCUUUUGGAAGAAAAGGAGCCGCGACCUGGCAGGAUAUGAUUCAGUCUUACUUCAAAGAUAGAGAGCGAAAAUGAUUGUCCAGAUAGUCAAAAGAGAAAAAAAGCAGCUUGAUGUGUCUGUGGGGGAGUGUUGUUUGGCUGAAGGAGUUUGCAGGACUUGUUUAUUUUUUACCUCUUCCUCAAAGAUGGUUUUAUAGCACCGAAGAGGAGAAGCGGACGUCAACUCCAAACAACAGCCACGUGUGGGUGGAGCCGUUGUCGUUGUCGGGACUCAACUCGGAGUUGCGUGUGAACCCUGAGGCUUUUGUAAAGAAAGCUCUUUUUUUUUGCCUGAACACUGUGUGCCAUUUACCAAAUUAUGUUAUAUUUUUACUUUGAAAUGAGCAAGGUGAAAACUCUUAUCUUACAGCUUAUAGUGUAAAACAUUGUGACAUUAUUUGUAUACAUUACCAUAGACAGUUUGAUGCAACUCAUGCUUUAUUUAACAUCUUCCAGUCAUUUCUAGAGUCUAGGUCAAAAGAUUUUAGCAGGGGUCGGUAAUAGGUGGCCCGCUGGUUGGAUGAGGCCAGAAGGCAUGAAACAUCUGAACUGUAUUGAACGAUAAUGAAAAAAAUAAAAAAAUGAAAGAUUCUCUGGA